CCCACCCAGAAACAGGCCUCGCAACUGCGCCUGCUCCUCCUGCACAGACGAUCAAUGUUGACAUCCAACCACUUCGGCUCUUCACACCCCCUCCCCCGACAUACGACUGCUACAGUAUAUUUCAUCGCCCUGGCCUGCUUCAUCGCCUGCGCCCGCCGCUACCGCACCUUGCACCACUCGAUGCGAAAUCAUCUGGGUGCUUCUGAAACGCUCGUUUGAUCGCCCUAUCGUCCCAUCGGUCUCGAAUCUGCCUGGCGCAUCGUAUCUAAAUACCACAACUCCUUCCAAAAUGCAAUAACUGCAUUCUUCUGGUGGCCAUUGCUCCAAACCCUCAAGAAAACACCACCUCCCUCUUACUCGUCAUGGCGGCGACCUCCCCUCUCCGCCCGUCUACGCCGGCCAAACCAAUAUUCAAUCCACCGCAACUUUCCCCAAGUAGAAUGCCUCCAGCCUUUGUCCCACCGUCCUCCUUCCAGCCUGGACACAGAAACCUAGACGUCUUCUCCCCGGUUGAUCAGAACGGCAGUUUCUGCUUCGACCGUGUGAUCAAAAGUGGAAAAGUCCUUCGGCGAGUCAAGAACAAAGGAGCCUGGAAACCCUCAUGGAAGCCCGCAUACCUCGUGCUGAGGCCGAAUCUGCUCUCUGUUUACCAGAACGCUGACGAGACUGACCUGAAGGCUUCCAUAACCUUGUCCGAUGUAAACGCAGUCGCACCUGUCCGUAAAGCUCGGACCGAGAAUGUUUUUGGUGUCUUCUCGCCUUCGAAGAACUACCACUUCGAAGGCUUGUCAACGAAAGACACUGCUGAAUGGAUCACACAAAUUCGUCUAGAGGCUAGGACUGACGAAGACGAAGACCUUGAUCUCAGUGCACCCCAGUUCCCACAUCGUGAUGCAGAACCGUUUAAUACAUACGAAUCAACCGACAUGUCUGCCGACGAGGUACUAAGUGGACGCAUUUCCAACGACGGUCACUCGGCCGUAACUCAAAAUCGUCCCAGGAAAGGCUCGCAACUAGCACAGCAUCAGAAUGCUCCAUCCACCCUCAACGAAUACUCUGGGAACGAACAGUUCACAACGUCAAUGUCAGAUUUCUCCGACGCCCUAGGCAGCUCUUUACCAAAGAACUCUGCGUCUUCGCUUCACAAACACCCAGCUCUGACACCGAUAGCGUCAUCGCAACAACUGGCAUCUUCUUCGAAAACCAAACUGCCUCCUCAGGCGGGUUUGCUGUCCUCCUCGGCCGAUGCCACCACAGACCCUGAACGAGUGAUUCGUCAUGGAUACCUCCAAAUCCUCAAGUCUCACAAGACGGGCGUCAAAGGAUGGAAGUGGCUGUGGGUAGUCCUCCGAGCCAGGAGCCUGGCGUUCUACAAGAACGAUCAAGAAUAUUCAGCAGUCAAAGUCUUUCCUAUAAGUUCCGUCAUCAAUGCUGCCGAGAUCGACCCUGUCAGCAAGUCCAAGAAGUUCUGUUUCCAAAUAAUCAUGGACGACAAGACCUACAGGUUCUGUGCUGGCGAUGAGGACGACUUGGAAAGGUGGCUCGGAGCAUUGAAGAGCGCCCUCAGUAAACGACAUGACGCUGAACGAGCCCUCGCCAAAGGGAAAGGCAAGGUUGCUCCAGAAGCCGCAAUCAAUAUCCCUGUGCGGUAGACCGGGCACCCAUGCUGAACUGCUUGGGUCGCGGAUGCCGCCGCGAAACGAUUUUCACGACUAUGAUGUACAAAACCUACUUUACGACACGCCAAUGAGCUCAUGAAAAAUCAGUUGGAAGUGUUUUGGUUGUUCAGGAUCGGGGAAAAAAGCGCUUAUUUUGGUGUCGUCGACGCUUUUUGGCUUACCGCGUCUUCUAUUUUUUGGCCCUCGAAGGUUGCGUAACGCGAGCAUUUUGCUAUUCUGGAAAUUCGGGGAUACGAGCUUGACGAUGCAUUCAUGACGGAAAGGGGAAAGGGAGCUUCUUUGAUUUUUAUUAAACCUCUAUAUGGUCAUGACGUGAUGAAUAUACAAUAGUACAGUAGUAGUGUAGUACAAAAUAUAUACCACAAAUCCU